CUGAAUUCCUUGGAGUUCAUGGUCUCCAGGAGGCAUGGAUUCUGGAAACUGACUCCACUCGAAGAGAGAAAUUUUCAAGACACCUGCUUAUAAAGAUCCCUGGUGUUGUAUUUGGUAAUAACCAAAUGGUUUUGGACUUCAUCCAGAAGGUGUGCGCAUACAUUGAUCGCAACAGAUACAAGUUUCAAUCGUAUAAUGAUCUUUUUGUUACCACAUCAAAGGGAGAGGCCCUUUUCAUCGACAAAAUGUUUAUAAGGCUAAACAAUUGAUGAGGCUGCCUUUUUCCAUCAAGGGAGGUCUUUCAUCGCCUCUUGUUCCGACUGGGAACUUUGGUACUCUGUCAUUCACGGUUGACAAUGUUACUGAGUUGAGGAAAGUUUUUAUCACAGAGUUCGGUUUUGAAAGCGGAGGAUCUGAAGGGAGUGUCUGUGGACGCAGUUUGGAAGACUGUGCAGUGGUUGACAACAAUGUGCCCGCUGAGUCGGAACAUAAUUCUCAACAACAACUUCUCAAUGGUGGAGAUUUGGACAGCCUGUUUGAGCAUUUCGCUCUACGUGGUCGACUUACCAAGUUGAAGUCGUCACCAUUUCCUGCACUUGAUGCCUUUGUCAUAUCGCUUGCAAGCACAUACUGUCUGUCAAAAAAAGAAUGUUCUAUACGUGAGAUCACACUGUACCCUCAGACCUGGAAUAUUGUGUUCCACCUGCCAGGAACACGUUAUUGCAGCUAUAUCGGACGCGAGCAUUUGCGGAAUACAGGUACUUCAUUGAAGAUGGACAUUCCAGAGAAAUGUUUUAGAACUGGUUUGAAAGGGAAGUGCCCAGGGCCAGACGGCAUCCCUCUUGAGCUGUAUCUUGCAACUUGGGAGUCCAUGGGACCCGUCUUGGUAGAACUGGCUACAUACUGCAGGGAUGAUGGUAAGCUCCCCAGGGGCAUGUUGGAAGGCAUCAUUACUCUCCUGUACAAGAAGGGGGACAAGAGGGAGAUCAGGAAUUGGAGACCGAUCUCCCUCUUGAACGUGGCCUACAAGAUUAUUGCAAAAACAUUGACAAUUCAUCUUGCGUGGUACUUACCCCACUUGAUAGGUCCCUAGCAAGGUGCCUUCGUAAAAGUCGAAUCCACCCCUCAUCUAUGGUUUUCCUGCCCCGACUCCCUUUGUAUAUGGCAAUGGUGGAGGAGACACUGGUCUAGGAUAAAGCAAGCCCCAAACG